AUGAUGCUUGAUGGAGAGAGAUCCUCUGAGGAAAGCAGGACGCCCUUGACUCCAGAAGACAGAGGCUCCAAAGGAAACCUAACAAAACAAGAUGCUUUGGAUGCCCUGUCGUCUAAGCUGAUUAACUCCUGUCAAUCAAGCCUGAAAGCCCUACAGAAAGACAUCCAUGAGGUAGGCAAUAGAACAGUGCACUCAGAAUCUAAAAUGGCGGAGUUUGCUACUGCACAUAACGAUCUGGCAGAACAUGUGCAAGCUCUAGAACAGCAGAUAGCCACCCUUGAAAAGAAAAUGAUGGAUUAA